AGACAGUAUUUGAAGCAAUGGAGAACUGGAAAUUGGCUAGUACUUGGAAGUUUUCCCCUUUGCUUCUCUUGCACAUGUUGAAGUAUUAAAUACAAAUUUAGGAUACUUAGAUGACUGCAGAAACCCAGCUUCAGAUGUCCUAGGUGAAAAGCAACAAGAAAGAAGCAAUACAAACUGAAUAAAGUGAGCUACUACUGCUGUUCUGUUCUAGGCUGAGAAUCUUUCAAGUUACCUUCUUCUCUGUGUGUUCAACUGGAAGCAAAAAUUUGGCUGAGGAAAAGAUCUGAUUAAGAAUAAGAUUUGGGUUUGAGCAACUUGAUACUGCCCAAGUCAUGACACUCCCAUUUCGAAAGGACUUGGACAAAUACAAAGAUCUCGAUGAGGAUGAAAUUCUCGGCAAACUGUCAGAAGAAGAACUGAAACAACUGGAAACUGUUUUGGAUGAUCUUGACCCUGAGAACGCGCUUCUGCCUGCAGGCUUCCGACAGAAAGACCAGACAGCUAAAAAGGCUUCAGGUCCUUUUGACAGGGAACGACUCCUUGCGUAUUUGGAGAAACAGGCUCUUGAUCACAAAGACAGGGAAGAUUAUGUGCCUUUUACAAGAGAAAAGAAAGGGAAAAUAUUUAUCCCCAAACAAAAGCCUGUACAGUCUUAUACUGAAGAAAAAAUCUCUCUUGAUCCAGAAUUGGAGGAAGCCUUGACAAGUGCCACAGAUACAGAAUUAUGUGAUCUUGCAGCUAUACUGGGAAUGUCCAACUUGAUAACAAACAAUCAGUUCUGUGAUGUAGUAGGAAGCAGUAAUGGGGUUGGCAAAGACAACUUCUCAGAUGUAGUAAAAGGUGAGAAAAUGUUGCCAGUUUUUGAUGAACCGCCAAACCCCACGAAUGUGGAGGAGACAUUGCAAAGGAUUAAAGAUAAUGAUUCCCGUCUUGUUGAAGUUAAUCUAAAUAAUAUUAAGAACAUCCCAAUUCCAACACUGAAAGAGUUUGCAAAAGCCUUAGAAACCAACACACAUGUGAAGACUUUUAGCCUUGCAGCCACCCGAAGUAAUGAUCCUGUUGCUGUUGCUCUUGCAGAUAUGUUGAAGGUAAACACAAAAUUAAAAAGUUUAAACAUAGAAUCAAAUUUCAUCACUGGAGUUGGAAUUUUGGCACUGGUUGAUGCACUGAAAGACAAUGAAACGUUAACGGAGAUCAAAAUCGAUAACCAGAGGCAGCAGUUGGGAACGAUUGCAGAAGUGGAGAUUGCCAAGAUGCUUGAAGAAAACACCAAGAUUCUUAAAUUUGGAUACCAGUUCACACAGCAGGGACCUCGAGCCAGGGCAGCUGCAGCUAUCACAAAAAAUAAUGAUUUGGUCUGGAGUAUGCAAGUAAAAAUUUCUGCAAAUGCCUUUUCACCUCUCCAGCCCUGAAGCUACAGAGACAGUUCGCAAGAGAAGGGUUGAAGGAGAUAACCAGUAAAUCUUGUUGCUGCCAGAACUGUGUUGAGACUUCAAGGCUCUUCGAGGCACACUCAUUCACUGUGGGCUUUGGCAAUCUUGGACUUCAUUUACCCGGGUUACAAGGGAAAAGACUGGAAACCCCACUCCUUUUAAAGCAAAGCUAUAUUAAUAAUCUGUGUGGUAUGCAUCACAUUUUUCAGAUUGAGACAUAGUAAUUGCACCAGUCUCUGUAACAUAGUUUUAAAAAAACUUUUUUGUAUUCCAAGACCUCUGCUGUGCUUUCCACUAAAAAUAUAAACACCAAUAAUGGCGUAAUUAUCUGUAGUCAAAGAAUGGGAUGUUCAAGAUCACUGGGUAGAUAACCCAAUUGAAAUGUUUGUUGGAAAAUCUAGGCGUGCUUAUUUACGUGGAGGGAUGUGUAUAUUUUUCAGAACAAUACUUUAGCGAUAAGGGAUUCUUCACACAACAGUUGGACUAAUGUAGAGCUACUCAGCCUUGUUCAUAUGCACUGAAGAGAAAUCUCACAACAAUCUUUUUUGUAAUUCUGUUCUUUUGAUCCAUUCUUGAUACUGUGAUUAAGUUUAAAAGACAUCCCUUUAAAAAGUAAACAAAAUAUAAAUUGGCCAAGGACGACUUCUCCCAAGAGAUUUGAGGGACUGAUAAGGAGCCUUGCAAACGUGACAGUAUUUCUGUUGCACCUAAAUCCUUAGUCAUUUUUAAAAGUCCCAAAACUGUAUCUUGUUCUGUAUCUAAACUGGACAUGUUUUUAGACCGAGUUCAUGUGUUCAUCAUCAUUGCUUAGUUUAUAUUCUUUGUUUAAAAAUCCUUAUCUAAAUAGAUAAAUAGUAUCAGUUUCUUUAGAAGUAGUGGACAUGCAUUUGUUGAAUUCUGCAUAAUUAUGUAUUGGAAAAGCAUCUUUAACUGUAAAACUAGUGUCCCAAGUCAAUGGCAGAUGGAAAAAUCCUUUUUUAACCUGUUGCAUUAAACUAUUAUACUUCAUAUAAAUCUAUCAUUUUUUUUAGAAAAAAGUAACGCUUUUAAGAAAGGAUCUUUCUAUUCUACUUCAUGUCUGAAUGUUGGAACACUACAUAAGACAUGCAGAAAAUAACUAAUAUGCAGUGUUAAAUCUAUAUUGCAUAGUACUUCUUAAAAUAUUUAAAGUUCUGUAUCUAAGCAAACUAAUAUGGCAACAAGAACCACUUCAAUUUUUGUACACAAUCACAGUGGACUACUUUGAUAUAGCAAGAAAUACAGAAGCUAUUUGAUGGAGGUUUAUUUGGAUUAUACUCUACUAGAUUGCUCAAUGUUGUAAUGAGAUCAUAAAUUCAGAAACAUGUUCUAAGGGACUGCUCAGCUAUAUUUAUAGCAACAGAAUUCAACUGACAACUAUCUUCAUCAAAGAAUCAUAAUACGGUGAGCAUUUUACGUAUGGAAAAUGUCAAGGACUGAAAUUUUUGCAUUAGGUUGUAUGUUUAUACUAUACAAAUUCAAUGGAGCAAUUCUUUCGCACUCUACCCACUUUACUGCAAAUAAUGUUUUAGAUCUUUAAAGACAGACUAUUCUUGAGGUGACUUCCAAUUUUAUUGCAACUGUACAGAGAAUUUUAAAUUAUAGUACCUUCAAUGAAGAUGUAAAUAACUGAUUUAUAAUUAUAGAAGGACAUUUCUUUUCUUGUUUCAGAAUUGGCCUUUUAUUGCUUGAUUCCAAAUAAAUGGGGGCUCUGAAAAGCAAGCUGGAAUUAAUUCUGUUAAAACCAAAGGCUUUACAUACUAUAAAUCUGAAGCAACUAGAAAUGAUCUGGUGAAUAACAAUAAAAAGGGCUUCUUUUAUUUCUGGCUUAUAUAUUUUUUUAAAGGACUUUUUUUAGAUGCAGUUUUGAAAUUUAAGUUCUUAUAGUAUGCAUGCACUCACAAGCUAAGUGGACUAAGUGGGUGUUUUUUUGUGGGUUUUUUGCUUUUUUUUGUUUUGUUUUUACAAAUAGUGCUGUAUAAAUAUGGCCAAAGCAUGUCAUGUGCGGAGUUGUCUAAAGCUGUACUCUAUUUGAUGUUUUAUCUACUAGGCACCAUAAUCAUUUUGUGUCAAAAAACAGGCUGUAAUGUCUUCCUUCAUUUGUUGAAGGGCUACAUGUUCAUGAAAUCUGUUCAUAUAUUGUGUUUCUGUGAUGAUUUAUUUUUGUCAUUAUCUAACAAGAUUAUGCUGUUACCUCCUACUUGAAGAUGAAGGAGAAGAAUGAAAGUCUGGUUUAUGGAAAUGAUAGCCAAAAUCUCUUAUUUUACUUUUAAAAUCCAGUUUAUCUGCUUAAUGGUCUGUACUCCAGGCAAAGUCAGAGGCUUUUAAGUUGCAAUUCUCAGGUGUCCUGUCACAGAUGGCAGUAAUGGACCUCUUCAAUUGGCUUAGCUGUGUAGGUAGCAGCUAAGUAUUUGACUGCUUGUUGGCUCUUCCAGGAUAGAAAUCUGACAGACUGGCCAUAGAAAGUCGACUUUUUCAGUCAGAAGGGUCUGGCCCUCUGAAGUGUUGAAAGGACAGUUGGCAUGGUGCACGGAGCAGUUAGGACAAUCAUUUUUGUGCCUAUGAUGUAUUACCCCUUUUUGGAAUAAAUGAAGGAAGUCAGUCUUUAGCCAGGAAUCAUAAACAGUCUCAACAAGCAAAGUGAACAUUCUGAUUUAAUGCUCACAAGUGUAGUGAGAUCUUAUGUAUGAUGUCAUUUUUGAGUGCAAAAGUGGUAUUACCUUAAUAGCCAGCUACCAUGAGCAAAAGGUCUCUUUUCCAAAAACAUGAUUUUUUUUUUCCAGAUUUUCCAGGCUUAAUGCAGGAGUCAAACGAUGACAUGUAAUUAACUGGGUUGGGUUUCACUCUUUAAGCAUGAAAACAAACUAUAUUCCAACAAAAUUAUCUAUUUACUGUUGUGUUUUAAAGAAAUAGCCUCUUCCGUCUACAGCUUAAUACUGUUUGUAAGCUACAAGCAGGCAAGCGUUCAAUUUAAAUUUCCAUUGAGGAAAUAUGAAUUGAGUGUUUUAGCAUAUUGGCACUAUAUGCUGUCAGAUUGUAAAACAGUAAAAUUUCUGAAUGAUUAAAGUUCCGUAU